GCUGCCCCGCGGCAUCGGCCUGGCCCUGGCUGCGGGCCCACUGCUGCUCGGCUCCGAAAUGGAAGAUGGACCCUCCACGAACGCGAGCUGCUUCCGAAGGCUCACCGAGUGCUUCCUGAGCCCCAGUUUGACAGAUGAAAAAGUGAAGGCAUACCUUUCUCUUCACCCCCAGGUACUGGAUGAAUUUGUAUCUGAAAGUGUUAGUGCAGAGACGGUAGAAAAAUGGCUGAAGAGGAAGAACAACAAACCAGAAGAUGAAUCGGCUCCUAGGGAAGUCAGCCGGUACCAAGAUACAAACAUGCAGGGAGUUGUAUAUGAACUCAACAGCUACAUAGAACAGCGGUUGGAUGCUGGAGGAGACAACCAGCUACUCCUCUAUGAGCUGAGUAGCAUCAUCAAAAUAGCCACAAAAGCUGAUGGAUUUGCACUGUAUUUCCUUGGAGAGUGCAAUAAUAGCCUUUGUGUGUUCACACCACCUGGAGUGAAGGAUGGAAAACCACGGCUCAUCCCGGCCGGGCCCAUAACCCAGGGCACCACCGUAUCUGCUUAUGUGGCCAAGUCCAGGAAAACUCUGCUGGUAGAAGACAUCCUUGGGGAUGAACGAUUUCCAAGAGGUACCGGACUGGAGUCAGGGACUCGUAUCCAGUCUGUUCUUUGUUUGCCAAUUGUCACUGCAAUUGGAGAUUUGAUUGGUAUUCUCGAGCUGUAUAGGCACUGGGGCAAGGAAGCCUUCUGUCUCAGCCACCAGGAGGUCGCAACAGCAAACCUGGCCUGGGCCUCCGUAGCGAUCCACCAGGUGCAGGUGUGCAGAGGUCUUGCCAAACAGACGGAAUUGAAUGACUUUCUACUCGAUGUAUCAAAAACGUAUUUUGAUAACAUAGUCGCAAUAGAUUCUCUACUUGAACACAUAAUGAUAUAUGCAAAAAACCUGGUGAAUGCCGACCGUUGUGCCCUUUUCCAGGUAGACCAUAAGAACAAGGAGUUAUAUUCAGACCUUUUUGAUAUUGGCGAGGAAAAGGAAGGAAAACCCAUCUUCAAGAAGACCAAAGAAAUAAGAUUUUCCAUUGAGAAAGGAAUAGCUGGCCAAGUAGCAAGAACGGGGGAAGUCCUUAACAUCCCAGAUGCCUACGCAGACCCACGCUUUAACCGAGAAGUGGACUUGUACACAGGCUAUACCACCCGCAAUAUCUUGUGUAUGCCCAUCGUCAGCCGAGGGAGCGUGAUAGGUGUUGUCCAGAUGGUGAACAAAAUCAGCGGAAGUGCCUUUUCUAAAACGGAUGAGAACAACUUCAAAAUGUUUGCAGUCUUUUGUGCUUUAGCCUUACACUGUGCUAAUAUGUAUCAUAGGAUCCGCCACUCGGAGUGCAUCUACCGGGUCACGAUGGAGAAGCUGUCCUAUCACAGCAUCUGUACCGCCGAGGAGUGGCAGGGACUCAUGCGCUUCACUCUCCCCAUGAGGCUCUGCAAGGAAGUCGAACUAUUCCACUUUGACAUUGGUCCUUUUGAAAACAUGUGGCCUGGAAUUUUUGUCCAUAUGAUCCAUCAGUCCUGUGGGAUAGCCUGGUAUGGAUUACCUAAACACUCCUUUCGCAAAGGGCUGCUGAUAGCAUGUCUGUGCCACGACCUGGACCACAGGGGCUUCAGUAACAGCUACCUGCAGAAGUUCGAUCACCCGCUGGCAGCCCUGUAUUCCACCUCCACCAUGGAGCAGCACCACUUCUCCCAGACCGUGUCCAUCCUCCAGUUGGAGGGGCACAAUAUCUUCUCCACCCUGAGCUCCAGCGAAUACGAACAGGUGCUUGAGAUCAUCCGCAAAGCCAUCAUCGCCACAGACCUUGCAUUGUACUUUGGAAACAGGAAACAGUUGGAAGAGAUGUACCAGUCUGGAUCACUAAACCUUAAUAACCAAUCACAUAGAGACCGUGUAAUUGGUUUGAUGAUGACCGCCUGUGAUCUUUGUUCUGUGACAAAACUGUGGCCAGUUACAAAACUGACAGCAAAUGACAUAUAUGCAGAAUUUUGGGCUGAGGGUGAUGAAAUGAAGAAAUUGGGUAUACAGCCUAUUCCCAUGAUGGACAGAGACAAAAGAGAUGAAGUCCCACAAGGCCAACUGGGAUUCUACAACGCUGUGGCCAUCCCCUGCUACACCACGCUCCAGCAGAUCCUGCCGCCCACCGAGCCGCUGCUGAAAGCCUGCAGGUCGGUAAAGCUG